AUGUUGAUCCUGACUGGAAUUAAAUAUUGUAGUCAGGUCAAGCACUGGAUCGUGCCCAUUUUACCAUCAUCCACUCGAUUGGCAAAUGUUGGCCAGUUAACGCGUGCUCUUUCUGCCUGUUUUGCCUUAAAAUCCUACGAUAGCCAUACCAAUUCAUUGAUCAACAACAUUCAAAUGCCCUCUUUUCCGUCCAUGCAUUCGGUUACUACCUGGUGGAAAUACAUGUUCAUUUCACACAUGCAUAAACGAUACCGUUGCCACUCCGAUCAAGGUCAAGCCUACAAGCAACUAGACCCUACUGCAAAAUAUCAACAUCGACAAGAUGACAAGAGAGAUAAAACACGGGCUAAGAGUAGACGACGUGGUUAUGCUUUAUUCGCUGCAGCUGCUGGAUUAUUUUCUUGGGAUGAAUAUAGAAUAAGCGAUGAAGAGCUACGUAGGAUAGAAGCAACGACGAGGUCAGAAUGGCAUGCAUUUUACACGAAAAAGAAUGAUGAAAACGAUCAAGAGGAUUGGGAGAUCGUGAUGGAUCAGGGUGAUUUUAAAAUUUGGAGAAAAGCUGUACCUGGCACCUCUAUUUACCAAUAUAAAGUGAUCGGAACCUAUAAGGACAUAUCCGCCAAUCAGUUUUAUACAACUCAGCGUGAUCUCGAAUAUAGAAAACAAUGGGAUACUCAUGUGGUCAAGCUAGAAGUACACGAUCGUGAUCCUGAAGGAACUAGUGAAUUAGUUUAUUGGGAAUCGCAUUACCCUUUUCCGCUAAGCAAUAGAGACUACGUCUAUGUUCGCCGAGGAAUGGUUGAUGAAUCAACCAAUACUAUGACUAUACUAUCCAAGUCUGUUUCCCAUCCUGAUUUUGAAGAAACUGCGACGAUUGUACGUGGGUCAUCAUAUAAUUCCAUGAUGAUUAUUAAACCUCAUACCAAAUUUAAUAAGCCUGGCCUAGAUUAUCUUCUUAUUUAUUUUGAUGAUCCCAAAGGUUAUAUACCAUCAUACUGUCUAAAUUGGGCCGCAAGUUCAGUGUGUAAUCAAUCUAUCGAUUAUGACUGA